CAGGAUGGGGCAUCGGGCGAGCGUGAAUGCGGCCUCGGAGGCAGCUCUAUGGAGGGAGGUGCGACCGUAGAGGGGUGCGUGCAGCCUUACGGCGGGAGAUUUAAUGUCCUGGGGGAAAUUGCAAACCCAUGGAGCCAGCUGCAGCCCAAGCAGAAAAAGCGCGGUCUUACAGGGGUAGGUGCAACUUUAGGAGUCAGCUGCGACCCUGCUGGGGCCCUGUCAUCGGUGAUUGGUGUCACUGGGCUGGGGGCAGGCAGCUUCAUCUGCCGAGCAGCUUGAGCCGGGCGCUGUGGCUCUCUGGGGGUGGCAGGAAGGUGGAAAGAAGAUUCGCGGCUGGAAGCCAGGCAGCCCAAGCAGACUGAGCUGCCCCGCACCUGUGCUGGCAGAGGGUACCCAGAGCUGCAGUCUCUGAGCUGUUUCAGCUGCAAAUUUCACGAUGUCCUUGCUAAAGGGAGAAGGCAAGAGAGUUGAUUUGGGCAGGCGGGUGUAGGAAAGUGAAAAACAUUCAGCAAUUUCACAGAAAAAAUCUAUCGGGAGGUAAGCAUGUCCAGCCUUAGGACAAACAUGACAAAUCUGAGGAGCUAUGCACUGAUGUCUCUUUCCUAAAUACCCUCUCCCUCCAAAACGAUGCUCUCUUUCCAUCUCAUCUGCAAAAUCCACCUGACAGGAGCUGGUGACCUGACUGGAGAUGCCAUGGGCUACGUGACCGGUGUGCUGGCUGUGCUGAUCCAUGCCGCCUACCUGGUGCUCAUUCAGAAGACCAGCGUUGACAGUGAAUAUGGACCCCUGACAGCUCAGUAUGCCAUUGCUGUUUCAGCCACCCCUUUUCUCAUUAUCUGUUCCUUUGCCAGCAUGGACUCCAUCAACGUCUGGUCAUUUCCAGGCUGGAAGGACCCUGCUAUGGUAUGCAUCUUCAUCGCCUGUGUCCUGAUCAGCUGCGCCAUGAACUUUACCACCCUUCACUGCACCUAUAUUAACUCAGCUGUGACCACCAGCUUUGUAGGGGUGGUGAAAAGCAUAGCAACCAUCACGGUGGGUAUGGUGGCGUUCAAUGAUGUGGAGCCCACCAAGUUGUUCAUAGCCGGUGUGGUGGUCAACACCUUGGGGUCGGUCAUUUACUGCGUGGCCAAGUACAUCGAGACCAGGCAGCAGAGCACGUACGAGGACCUGGAGAAGGAAGGUAGAGAAGAAGAGGGGAAAAGGCAGGCUGGGGACCAAGCGCUGUUUGCAAUGGAGGCAAUUUCCCAGGAUAAGGGGGCUGGGGAAGCAGCGGUGGAAGGAUCGGCCGAAGAGGACAGCCAGGGUGGAGAGGAGGAGAAGGACAGCACCAAGAAAGCUGCUGGGGAACCAUCGGCUCUGGGAAAAGUCACCAACACACAAGAAGGGAGCAGGAGCUCACUGAAGGAUGCCUAUCUUGGAGUAUGGAGGUUGGUGAGGGGUGCUAACUAUAUAAAGAAGGAUUAUUUGAUAGAAAAUGAAGAGCUACCAAGCCCUUGAAAAGCAGGCGUGAGAACCCCACAGAACAUGUCACUUGAAGAGAGACAACUGGGUUCUAUGUACAGAGGGAAAGGCAGAGCAUACAUUUCCACAUCAAUGCUGACAAAUCCAAGUCAUUUAGGAUAACUUUACCUCACUGUCAAAAGCAAAAGGUCAGGGUUUGCUCAUGCUUUCUGCUCACAUUUAACUGCUUCCAGUACAUCCAUUUAGACCUACCACAGCUAAAGGUACCAAGUCCUCUGCUGUGCAUACAGAGUUGGGUAACAGCAAGCUGUGGGGAUGACCAUGAGGGUAUCAGUGCCACUAGGCUGAAAGCAGUGCCGGCGGUAGCCUGUAGCUUGAGGCUCUGUUGAUGUGAUUCUGUGUCUGUAUCCAUCCAAUUCUAGGUACUCUGUACAAGUGUAUUCCUGCAACUUGUAAGUUCCUGUUAACUGUAUCUUGUUUGUGCUCCUCCGUGUCACUAUGAUUGCAACAGAGCUAGAGGUUGUGCCAGUUGAAUUCUAUUGGUGUACAAUCACCCACCUAGCUGAAGAAUCAAAAUUCUCCCUGAUUCUGUGGCCAGGCUGGGCCGUGGUCCAGCUUCAUGUUAUGUGGUUUUUGUCUUAAGUGGAAAUACUUCUGUCUUGCACGUGCAGAAGAGCAGAACCAGAUCUGAACUCUUGAGAAGCUUUGGUCAGCAGAAGAAAGAUGUUUGCCUGUGAGCUUUAACUACAUGUAGCAUUGGGAAUAUUAGCUUGACCCAAAUACAAUAGUUUGGAAAUAUUGGGUUGUAUUGAUUUGACCUGGGAGGGCUAUUAAAAAAAAAUACAGGGAGAAAGUGUGCCUUGGGCUAUCCCUCUUAUACUGUAGAGUCAGGUGGAUCUCAGCCUGUGCCUGAACCUGGCUGCAGGCUGCAGCAGAGAUGUGGAGAUCAUCUCUGCCCAUGCCCAUAGCAGGGCUUCCAGGGUUGCUUUGGCAGGGCAGUGCUCCCAUGACCUGACUGCGUGCUGGGCCAUGGCAUGGUGUGGCUGCAGUGUCCCGUGGCUGCAGGCAGGGAGCUCUGGCAGAUCGCACUUGGGGGCCAGGGCUGCCCAGCAUGCUUGGCACCAGAGCACCUGGGUCUUUGUUCUCAGUGCUUCCUUGUGCUGUGAGGGGUAAAGCUGGUGAUCAGCCUCGGGUGCUCAAGGGCUCAUGUGGGAAGCAGGAAGCAUGAUCUCCAGUGGGUCUUCUAAGCAAUAUGCUCAUAUUUUGUACCAAAUACCUGUAACAGGGAAGACAGAGGAAACAAGCGUUUAAGUAUUUCUUAGCCUGGGGGUGCCCUUUGGGAGGCAGCAGUCCUUGGGUCACGCUUGUGCUCAGGGCCGUACAGAGAAGAGGUCUGACCCCAAGUCCUCGUCAUCCCGAGAGUGCCCCAGCCAUCAGCUGUCUGGACCACAGUCUGAAACAAGUGGUUACCAUUUCCUGAAAAAAAAAAGAACCAAGGUUUUGUCAUUGUUUUGGUGGUGGUGGUGGUUGUUUUUGUUAUUUUUUAUUAUUUAUUAAGCCACUGAACUAUAAACCAGCUAUUCCCACAGCUCCAAUUAAACAGUGCCUACCCUGAUGCCUUCUUCAGUCAAACAGAUAGCUUUCGCUUCGUGGUGAAUUCAGCACUGAAAUCAGCAGUGAGCAAUUUCCCCAGCAGGGCAUAUUUACAAAAUUAGUCUCUAGGGAAAAGGUAGAUUCUUGUCAAUUUAAAUACAGAUAGAAAUUUUUGCGUGCAAUAGUAUUUUUUUUAAAUGAGUGCAGAAGUUGGAUCACCUGGUAUCACCCAUGGAUUUGGAAAGGGACUGUUAAUGAGUGCAGUCAGCCUGUAGCUGCUGUGCUGUGGCGAUGGGACACGGAAACCUGUACAUCACACGCUGCAUAUAGCUGCUGCUUCAGAGUGGAGGAAUACCAACUGUGCUGAAAUAUGUUUACUUUCUGCUCAAGGUCCAUAAGGCAUCUUUCAAUAAAAGCACUAUUUAUUAAGAGCCAACGCAAUGUUUUUUUGUUAUUUUUCAAAUACAUCUUAAAUAAGGCUGUGCCUGUAACUUGGAGUUGCUGUGUUACUGAUUACAUAGCAAUCCGUACAGAUGGCUGAAGAGAAACCUGCAUUUCUGACCUGCUUUUACUGCUCAGUGCUGUUUGACCACAGAAAUGAGGAUCUUUUUGCCACCUGACUGCCAGUCCCACUGUAGCACAC